AUGAAAAAUGAUGGAGAACAUGCAAGUUUUGCCCCGUCCUCGCUCAGUGGCAGGAGCAAACUAACCAACUUCGAACGCCAGCUAAGUAAAAGUACGCAGGAAGAGCAGUCGAGCAACGAGCAGAAAACUACAAGAGAGAAGAAAGUGAACCUGCCACAAAUGAUGCCGCCACGGCUGCUGCGCUUACGGCUACUGCGUGUGCCGCUGCAUUCAAUGGAACUGCGCAUUCUGCUGCUCUGCUUGCCCACGCUGCUGCUGGCCACCACGCUGGAGCCAGAUCAAAAGUCAAUACUCACAGAUAACGAUUGGAAGAAGCUAUGGAUGCGCGGCGGUAUAAGUGCCGACUCAAAAUUGGAUAAUAAUCUCGACUCCAGUGACAGCCCCAUGUUCGAGGACAGCGAGCUGAUGGCGCAUAAUACGACCGUUCAGCUGGGUGGCACUGCCUUCCUGGUCUGCAAGGUUACCGGCGUGGACAGAGUGGGUGUAAAUUGGAAUCAAAUAUCUUGGAUACGGCGCCGGGACUGGCAUAUAUUAUCCUCGGGCGCCCAACUCUAUACAAAUGAUGAGCGCUUUGCGAUACUCCACACGCCCGGCUCCAAUAUGUGGACGCUACAGAUAAAGUUUGUGCAGCGCCGGGAUCACGGCAUGUACGAGUGCCAGGUCUCAACACCGACUGGUAUCAUCUCGCACUUUGUGAAUCUUCAAGUGGUUGUGCCGGAGGCAUUCAUUCUUGGCUCCGGUGAACUGCAUGUCGACAUGGGCUCAACCAUCAAUUUGGUUUGCAUUAUUGAGAAGAGUCCAACACCACCGCAGUACGUGUACUGGCAGAAAAAUGAACGUCUCAUUAACUACUAUGACUCCAGGCGGGACAUAUCCAUUGAGACGACACCGGGGCCGCGCACGCAGAGCCGUCUCAUCAUACGGGAGCCCCAAAUCACAGACUCUGGCAACUACACCUGCUCCGCCAGCAACACCGAGCCAGCUAGCAUUUAUGUAUUUGUAUCUAAAGGCGACAAUAUGGCUGCCAUCUCACGGCGCAAGACCUCCUCGGCCGAUCGCAUCACGCACAUAUUUAGGUCGAUGCUGGCGCCCUGUUUGCUGCUGAAUACGGUUGUCGUUAGACGCAUUUUCUUGACCUAAGAACCUACAAUACGACACAAUAACUGAAUUACAGCGCAAACACAAAAUGGAAUAUAUAGUAAAGUAUGAGAAUCCUAUUUAAGCUAUUUCAAUGUUAGAAUUUAACAACACAAAAACCAAAAGAUACAUAAAUACUUAUAAAUAACGAAGACAA